CGUGUUUAAGUCAGACAAUCAUGUAAACAUUACACACAAAGUUUAAUUGAAAGUACACAAGCUGUGUUUUGCAACAACGAGGAAGAGAUAAAUUCUAUAGUGCUAACCAAACACUGUGGAGGAGUUCAUAUAUUAUUUAUUUGAGUAAUUUUGAACCGAUUGUUCCUCUGUCUAAAAGCUGGAACUACGUCGUGUUGUGCAGAAAAAAGCUGUGAUCCUUCGAUACUUGUUUAUUUUCAAAAAUGGCCGAACAAUUGCGAGUUGUCGUGACAAGUGCAGGAGGAAGAGUUGGAAAGGAGAUUUGUGCGCGGUUAAAACAAAGUGGACGUAAUGUCUUCAUCAGAGCUUGUUGUAGGCGACCAGAAAGAUCGGAAUUUCUGAAAGACUUGGGUGUAGACGAACUUGUUCAGUUUGAGUACUCUGAUCCUUCUACUUUCGAAGCUGCCGUCAAAGGCAUGAAUGCUAUAUAUUCAUCAUCUCCUGAUCCAGCUCUUAAAGGUCAUCAAGAAUUUUGCACGUUUUUAAAGAAUAACAAGCAUGGUAUCAAACAUGCAGUACGUUUAUCUUGCAUGGGUGCAGAACAAAAUACUGCUUCUUACAGUGGGCACGCGUUCACCAAAGGUGCUAAAAUUCCUCAUAUGCUAGAAGGGUACUGGCUUGCUGAGAAAUACUUGAUUGAAACUGGUAUUCCCGUCACAGUUGUACGUGCAAAUUUUUUCAUGACGCAUUUGGUAAAGCCUGAUCUUCAAAACAUUAUGGAACAUGGUUUUUUCACCUUUCCGUUAUCUGAUUGCAGAAAUUCGUUUGUGUCAACCAAUGAUCUUGGUGAAAUAGCAGCAAAGGCAUUAGUUGAAGGUCCGAGUAUUCACGGUGAUAAAUUUUAUGAUAUCACUGGUCCCGAACCCCAAAGUAUGUAUGAUGUGGCCGAUGUAUUGUCUGAAGUUCUUGGAAAGAAAAUUGAGUACAGAGAAACAAGCCCCGAAAAAUUCAUCGAAGAUUUCGGCCAGACAAGAUGGGAAUUCAUUGAAUAUCUCCGAAAAGGAUUUUAUUUGCGCGUAUCUCCUGAUUAUUACAACCUUACUGGAAAGAAAUCCACCAACUACUUGCAGCAUAUGACUACGAAAGGUGCAGCUGGUGAAACAGGCACGGAUGAACUCUCUCAAGCUGGAAUGUGGACGAAAGGUGUAGAUCUAUUUAAAAAUAAAAAAUAAUCAACUGUAAAAAUGAAUAUGUAGAAAUAUGUGCUAAAAAUACAACUUUAUAUCUACUUCUACUAACUUUAAAAUAAAAACUACAUUAAA